AUGGGCAAAGCACGGGUCAUCUACUGGUUCCGGACGGACUUGCGGCUGCAUGACUCUCCAGCUUUGAAGGCGGCCCUGGACUUAAAACCAGAUGUCCUCUGGCCCAUCUUCACUUGGGAUCCGCAUUAUGUCUUCAGUGCCAGAGGCGCGCCAAAUAGAUGGCAACUUGACUGCCAAAAUGACCUCUCGGGGUCAAUCACCAAGCUGAACAGCAAGUCUCAGUUGUUUGUCGUGCGCGAGGCGCCGCAGACAUUGUUCCCCAAGCUGCUCAAAGCGUGGAGAGUGACUCAUCUUGUGUUCGAGAAGGACACGGAUGCGUACGCAAAGGAGCGGGAUGCUGCCAUCAUGGCCAUUGCGAAGAAGGCUGGGGUGGAGGUGAUCAUGAAGGCAGGCCGGACGCUUUGGGACAGCGAUGAACUUGUAGCGAAGCAUGGCGGUAAGCCCACAAUGUCCAUCACGCAGCUGCAAGCUGCCGGCGAGAAGAUUGGAGAGAUCCCAAAGCCGAUUCCGGCGCCCAAAAGCCUCCCUGAUCCUGGAGAGACGCCUCUGAAUUUCAAGAAGCAAGAGCCAGACAAGAAGCCUGACUUCAAUGAGGAGUGGCGCGCGGGGAACGACAAUGGCUAUGCCAAGCUGGCUGGUCCGAAAGGCGACUUCGCCGUCGUGACGAUGGAAGAGCUAGGCUUUCCAAAGGCCACGACUCCCCACCGCGGCGGUGAGACAAUAGCAUUGCAGAAGCUUGACGAGAUUAUGAGCGAUCUCGAGUACAUUUCAACAUUCCGCAAACCCAAGACCAGCCCGGCGGCGUUUGAGCCGCAGUCAACGACAUUGCUCUCCCCUUAUCACCACUUUGGCGCUCUCUCAGUCCGCCUCGUCUACUGGCAGACGGUGGAGGCAAUCGAAAAGUACAAGAAGAAGGGCAAGAAGGACGCCUCGACACCACCGGAGUCUAUGACCGGACAGCUGCUCUUCCGUGACAUGUAUUUCGCCGCGCAGGCCGCCAUCGGAUACCCUUUUGGGCAGACAGCCAACAACGCCUACGUCCGCUUCGUCCCCUGGCACCUGCCCUCGACCCUCAACAGGUCAACGGGCCGCAUAACGGGCUCCUACGAGGUAGACAGCCCGCAGGCAGACGUGUGGUUCCGGCGCUGGCGGGCGGGCGUGACCGGCUUCCCCUGGAUCGACGCGCUGAUGCGGCAGCUGCGCGAGGAGGGCUGGAUCCACCAUCUGGGCCGCCACGCCGUGGCCUGCUUCCUCACGCGCGGCGGAUGCUACGUGCACUGGGAGCGCGGGUGCGAGGUCUUUGAGGAGCUGCUGAUCGACCACGAGCCGGCGUGCAACGCGGGCAACUGGCAGUGGCUGAGCUGCACGGCCUUCUUCUCGCAGUUCUACCGCUGCUACAGCCCCGUGGCCUUCCCGCGCAGGUGGGACGAGCAGGGCGCCUUUGUGCGCCGCUGGGUCCCCGAGCUCAAGGACCUGCCGGCCAAGUACAUCUACGAGCCGUGGAAGGCGCCCAUCGCGGACCAGAAGAAGGCCGGCGUGCGCGUCGUGGCGGGCGAUCCGCUGGGGGAGCGCGAGGCCGGCACGUACCCGAAGCCGAUGUUUGACUUCAACGAGCGUAGAAACAUCUGCAUCGCCAGCCUAAAGAAGGCGUACGAGGUCGGCCUGCAUGGGAAUGAUGCUAGGGCGCUUGACGGGAGCUUCAAGGAGCUGUUUGCGGAUGACAGUGGCAACACUGAGAUGCAGGGUGACAUUGGCAGCGAUACGGGGACAGCUGCUAACAAUGACGAUGAUCAUGUCAGUACAGAUGGAGAGAGGGAGGCAGGCAAUGCGACCCAGAAUGGUGGUAAAGAACGCUCGAAACGAGGAGCCAAGCAGCAGACGCUUGACAGGCAUGUCAAGAAGCGAAAGGCGUAA